AUGCCUGAAACCAAACUCGACAUUGCAAGGCACGAUGCCACAGCACAGCACGUGGGUGGUGCGACCGAGCAAGAAGAGAGAGAUCAUCAACAGCAUGCCGGCACAGCCAGGGCGGAAGAAGAUCAGGAAAGACAAAGGAGGAGCUCGGACAACGCCAUCGAACUGGAAGCGGAUUGGAACAGGGAACCAGCAUUGCGAUUGUUGGCAGUGGCCAUGACGGCCGCAGCAGAAGAGACAGAGCCAGAACCGUAUAUCACCAGCAGCGACUCCAACCAGACUGAAUACCGUACUCCCAACCCCUCGCCAACCGAGAGAGCGUCACAACCUGCUGAUGUUGGGCAUCUUUUGCAUAAGAAAAUUCGAGCGCUGCUGGCUUAA